CUAAACCCUAGAGCUCUCUUAUUUCUUUUCUCUGUAAUUACUCAUUGCUCCGAUUAGAUCGUUGUUACUUGCUAUUGGAUACUACCAAUUCCUGUCACUUUCAAAAUCCCGAGAAAUAUAGCGAUCCAAUAGUGCUUUGAAUUGCGUGUUUCUUGUUUAGAUAAUUGACUUCUUUUGCUUGGUUGUAAAUUCGUAAUUUUUUGUGGUUUUGGUGUUAGAUAUUCCAUGAUUGGAGCAACUGAGAUCGAUAAGAUAGAAUUUUCAGAUUAAACCGAGUGAGAAAGAGAGAGUGAAUGAGUGAGGGAGUGGGCAUGGGUUCGAAGAUGGAAGGACCUUCGGCCCCAGCUCUUCGGCGAGACCCCUAUGAGGUACUGUCCGUUUCGAGGGAUUCCACCGAUCAGGAAAUCAAAACGGCGUAUCGGAAGCUCGCUCUCAAGUAUCAUCCUGACAAGAAUGCCACCAAUCCUGAGGCUUCUGAACUUUUCAAGGAAGUUGCGUAUUCUUAUAGCAUCUUAUCCGACCCGGAGAAGAAAAGGCAAUAUGACAGUGCUGGGUUUGAGGCUCUUGAUGCUGAUGGCAUGGACAUGGAAAUUGACUUAUCUAAUCUUGGUACUGUCAAUACAAUGUUUGCGGCUUUAUUCAGCAAGCUGGGUGUCCCUAUCAAGACUACAAUUUCCGCUAAUGUUCUUGAAGAAGCUCUAAAUGGAACUGUUACAGUCAGACCACUUCCGCUUGGAACAUCAGUUAGUGGAAAGGUAGACAAGCAAUGCGCCCACUUCUUUGGCGUAACGAUCAAUGAGCAACAAGCCGAGGCAGGGAUUGUAGUAAGAGUUACCUCAAAUGCACAAAGCAAAUUCAAGUUACUCUAUUUUGAACAAGAUGCGAAUGCUGGUUAUGGUUUGGCAUUACAGGAAGAUAGCGAGAAGGCGGGUAGGGUGACAUCGGCAGGGAUGUAUUUCUUACAUUUUCAAGUUUACAGAAUGGAUUCAACUGUGAAUGCGCUAGCAAUGGCUAAGGACCCUGAAGCUGGUUUCUUUAAAAGGUUGGAAGGUCUUCAGCCUUGUGAGGUCUCAGAACUAAAAGCUGGAACUCAUAUAUUCGCUGUAUAUGGAGACAAUUUUUUUAAGACUGCUACCUAUACGAUUGAGGCGCUUUGUGUGAAGUCAUAUGAGGACACUACAGAGAAGCUGAAAGAGAUCGAGGCUCAGAUUUUGAGAAAGAGGAAUGAGCUACGCCAGUUUGAGACAGAAUACAGAAGGGCAUUAGCACGCUUUCAAGAGGUGACGAACAGAUACAGUCAGGAAAAGCAGUCUGUGGAUGAGCUACUGAAACAGCGUGACAAUAUUCAUUCUUCAUUCACUGUAGCCAGAGUAGGCAAUAGUAGUGGGAGUGGCAGUAGUUUAAGUAAUGGCAGUAGUAGCAAAAUCGAUGGUGAAGAUUCAAAGGCUGAGAGCCCUGUGGAAGAUGGAAGCUCAGAUGGCAAGGAUAAAUCAGCCAAAAAGAAAUGGUUCAAUCUUAACCUCAAAGGAUCUGAUAAAAAGCAUGGUUGAGAAGGUGCUUGGGUUAUUUUGUAUUAUUUCAAGUGUUUGAAAAUCCAUUCGUUGCAUUCAAAUGUUUGGACCUUUAGGUUACUGCUUGAAUUGUAUCCCAUGUUCAUUUUUUCUCUUCUAGCUUCCGCCGAGGUUAUUUAUUUUCCAGGUUUAAAAUUUGGUUGUAAAAACAUGUGCAAUUUUAAAGGUAUGUGAAUUAAUGUCUUUGUACCCAUGAUUCCAUUAAGGGAUACACAUAUUAGUUUUAAAACUGAAAUGAUAGAUUCAUUCCCU